CCUCUACUAUAACUAAGACUGAACUACUUGAUGCUUACCUUCAACAAUCUAAUCCGAGCGGGACUCGUUUGCUAGAGAGAGAGAGCUCCCAAACCAAAACAGAGAGAGGGAGAGACCCCGCGCGCUAGAGAGAGAAAGCUCCAAAACCAAAACAGAGAGAGAGAGAGCUCCCCUGUGCACUGUACUUAACCCGACCAUAAACCUCUCCACUUUUGAUCGAGAGGGAGAAAAACUCUGCUAAUUUAGCGAGCGAGAGGGAGAGAGGCUUCGCAAAUGUUCUUUUUAAAUCUGCUUAAAUAGGGCAGAAGCUUCUCAUAUAGACAUUGUCUCAUUCAUUUGAGAGGCCUGCAACAAUGGAGAGGUCUUCUGGUAUAGCACUCUCUUCUGGCCCUGACGCAGUCAAGAGAAAGGUCUCAUACUUUUAUGACCCCGGUAUUGGUAACUAUUACUAUGGCCAAGGGCACCCCAUGAAGCCCCAUAGAAUCAGAAUGGCCCAUAACCUCAUUGUUCAUUACAAUCUCCACCAUCUCAUGGAGAUCAAUAGGCCUUGCUUGGCCAACACAGAUGAUAUAAUGAAGUUUCAUUCUGAGGAUUAUGUUAACUUUUUGCAGACUGUUACACCUGAGACUCAGCACGAGCAGAUGAGGCAGUUGAAGAAGUUUAAUGUUGGUGAGGAUUGCCCUGUGUUUGAUGGAAUUUUCAAUUUUUGCCGGGCCUCCGCUGGGGGUUCGAUUGGGGCGGCAGUGAAAUUGAAUCGGGGUGAUGCAGAUAUUGGGAUUAAUUGGGCUGGGGGGCUUCAUCAUGCAAAGAAAUGUGAGGCAUCAGGGUUUUGCUAUGUGAAUGAUAUUGUGUUGGGGAUCUUGGAGCUGUUGAAAGUCCACCGUCGUGUUCUGUAUGUGGAUAUUGACAUCCAUCAUGGAGAUGGUGUGGAGGAGGCAUUCUACACAACUGACAGAGUCAUGACUGUUUCUUUCCACAAGUUUGGCGAUUACUUCCCUGGAACUGGCCAUCUUAAGGAUGUAGGAUUUGGGAAAGGGAAGUAUUAUGCCCUCAAUGUUCCCUUAAAUGACGGAAUGGAUGACGAGAGUUUCCAAAGACUUUUUAGACCCGUUAUACAAAAAGUUAUGGAGGUUUAUCAGCCAGAAGCUGUGGUUCUUCAAUGUGGGGCAGAUUCUUUGUCUGGGGACAGGCUGGGGUGCUUCAAUUUGUCAGUUCGUGGACAUGCAGAUUGCCUCCGUUUCCUAAGGUCUUUCAAUGUCCCUCUGAUGGUUUUAGGUGGGGGUGGAUAUACUAUCCGUAAUGUUGCUCGUUGUUGGUGCUAUGAGACUGCAGUUGCAGUAGGAGUGGAACCUGAUAACAGCUUGCCUUACAAUGAAUAUUAUGAGUACUUCGGUCCAGAUUACACUCUACAUAUUGACCCAAGCAAUAUGGAGAAUCAAAACUCACCAAAAGAUCUCGAGAAAAUCAGGGCUGUGUUGCUGGAGCAGCUAUCGAGAGUACAACAUGUACCUAGUGUGCCAUUUCAUAGUAGACCUCCCAAUUUUGAUCUUCCUGAGGAGGAGGAAGAAGAUUUGGAGCGCAGACCUAAGUGUCGGCGCAUAUGGGAUGGAGAUUAUUGUGCAUCUGAAUCAGAGGAAGAUCAAAGGCCUCGAGAAAAUGAUGCCAAUGAUCGUGACCAAUCUGUUGGGAAUUCUCCCGCAAGGAGGGUAACCACCAAGACCCAGACUGCUGUAAAUGAGAAACAAGGAGAUGAAGAAACUGAAAUGCCGGAUGCGCUAGAUGAGAAAGGAGAGAAUGAUGAGACGGACGAGAAUGAUGAAAGCACGGAGUGAAAGCUCGACUUUCUGCUAAAGUUUCAAUAAAUCACUGUUAAUUUGGAGGACCUUCAUAGUGAAUAUGGUCACUUGAAGUAUCCUACAUAUGAAAGAAUCGGGAGUUCUCCAUUAGCAUCUCCAAAAACACAAUUUUGUGGCUCUUGGAUUAAGGAUUAUUAGAGGGAGCAGAGAAGGCUUGUAAGACUUGUAAAUCUCUCUCUCUCUCUCUCUCUCUUGAUGGUUCACUGAAAAUUUUCGUUUAAUUACUUGGAACAAGGGAUCACUGAGAUGAUAUAGUUGUUAUUACAACCUGAAGGUGUAAAUAAUUCUGUCUGAGUAUGCAUAUUUGGUGAAGGUUGUAAAUUCAAUUCUUAUGAGCUAUUGUUAUUUUCA